AUGAGGAGGUCUGUAACAGACGGACCUCAAAAGCAACAGAAACGUACUAGCAUUUUAACUAAAAGGCUAACUUUCAAUAAUCCAAAAGCAGCUAGGGACGCCGUCGAUGAUUGGUCGAGUGUGAAGAGACCGGCUCUCAAAGAUGAUGACAAAACUGAGAAAGAUGAUUGGAUUUCUAUAGAUACGAAGAGGAAUAUAAUUAAAUGCGCUAUCGCUUACACUAUCGCAACUUUAUUCACUUUUAAUCCAACUUUGAAUAGCUUCAUAAGUGCAUUAGAGUUUAAGCAAAAAUCUCAGCUAUGGAAAGUAGCGGUUAACACCCAUACUAUAGCAUCAGUCACUGUUUGGUUUAAUCCUGCACGUAGCCGUGGAUCAAUGUUGCAAGCUAUCGCUUUCGCUGCAGUAUCACUCGUUUUCGUCACUUGCGUAUCUUCAUUAGUUACUCUUAUAUUGACGCUUAUCGAUUUUAACCCGGAUGAUACGAAUUGGAAAGCUGACCUCGACGGUUUCAUCGUCGCCUUCAUUUUUAUAGGUGUAGUUUCAUCUAUUGCUGCAUUCUCGAGAUUGAAAAUGGCUAAUCAAACGUUCAAUUCAGCAGCCACAAUGUCUUGUAUUGUUUUCUAUUCUGUCGUUUUACGCAAUGGUGGUAUAGCCAGAUUAGUGCAGUAUUUGGCUAUGGCUAUAAUUGGGAUAAUUAUAACUUCAUCAGUUUGUUUACUCAUCUGGCCAAAAAGUUCAACCAGUGCAUUAAGGAAAGAUCUCAGUAGUAGUUUGAAUAGUUUCGGUAUGCUGCUUGAGACACUCUACUGUAACUUUACGCUAGAGCACGAUAAGAUUUUAGACAAGGAUUCAUUCGAUAGAGCUGUCAAAGACCAUGACGAGGCUUUCGUUACUCUCCAAGCUGAACUCCCGAAUGCUCUCCGCGAGAGGUGGUUAAGAGAUAAACGCGUUAAUAAUAGCCAAAUAAGGCAGACAUACAAGCAUACCGUCGAGGCUAUUGAACGCUUAGCCCAACAUUUAACGGGAUUGAGAAGUUGUCUUAAUAUGCGCGAUGAUAUGAUACUCAAGGAUGAUUCUUUCAAGAAGGCAUUUCAAAUGAGUGUAGAUAUAGCAAGCAAACCGAUGUAUGAGUUAACAGAAACAAUCGUGCAUGUUCUCAGGGAAUCUAGUUUGGUUUUUGAAAGAGAUUCAGAUCCAACCUUGCUCACUGAAACUCGCCGAUCGAUGUUGAUUGCAAGCGAAAGACUGCAGAGAGCGAUUAGAAAGUUUGACAUCUCCUCAGGGAUUGUCUUAGAAUCCUCCCAACCGGAUGCACGGAUUGAUGCCAAGUCAUUUCAAGAACCAUCACUUAUUACGCAAUUCUACUUGUUUAAUUUGCGUGAACUUGCUAGUGAACUCUACCAUUUGAUUUUACUAGUGGAUGAAAUCAGUGAGCAUGAUCUAAAGCACGUCUUUAAUAGCAGCUCAAGGAAUUCCAACAUCCUUGAUGAAGAUUAUCAAAAUAACGCUGAAGAUGAUUUAUUCGACGAGAGUAGUUCUUACUUUAGUAGCAAACCACGCCGUCCACCUUUAUUACGUAGGAGAAUGAAGAAGACUCUGUCAAAGCUAAUCCCAAUUGAUCCAAGCGAGUAUAAAGUUAAUGACCAAGCAAGACGGUGGAGAGCUAGUAAAAUUAUUGAAGAAGAACAUCAGUUUACGGUAUAUGAGAGGUUUAGUCAGAUUCUUUGGGAGGUUCUUACAUUUUUCGAGAGGAAGGAUGUAAAAUUUGCUAUUAGGACUGGUGGAGCGUUGGCUAUACUCUCUAUGCCAUCCUAUAUUUCAUACCUUAGACCACUAGCUUUGAAUUUGAAGUUAGAGUGGGCGCUCAUAAGUUGCUUUGCUUCUUUGUCCCCUACAGUGGGUCAAACUAACUUUAUGAGUAUCCAACGUAUACUUGGUACGAUAGUCGGUGCAGCAGUAGCCGUAGUAGCGUUUGCAGGUUUAGGCCAUUCGUUAUUUGGUGCUAUUGGAUUCCCAAUAUUAGGCUUCUUCUUCUCGCUUCCUUGCUUCUACAUUGUUGUUGGUUCGACAAGGUACUCCUCCAGUGGGAGGUUUGUUCUUCAGUCGUAUAACCUCGUCGCACUCUAUGCUUUCAAUCUGAGGGACCAGGAUAUACAUUCAUUCACAAUCGCAGUCAAGCGCUCCACGGCAGUAACAUGCGGUAUUACGUUUAGUAUGAUUGUUUCGAGACUAUGGUGGCCUCAAGAAGCCCGUAAAGAGCUGAGACGCGGACUAGGUGACCUCAUUCUUGACCUUGGAUAUCUAUACAAUCGACACACAUUAGCACAAUCAGUGCCGCCUCUUCCAACAACACUCAGUCCCGUUUCUGUUGAUUCGUUUGAUGCUGCAUCUGACGUAGAAAGGGCGUCCGAAACCACACACUUGCUGAGUCCUCAGAGGACACUUAUGGGCGAACAAAGAGAGGAACAGUUGAGUAAGGAAUUUAUGGAGUUACACAUCCAAAUACACCUCAUUAAACUCCGUAAUUUACUCUCCCAAACAAAAAAUGAGCCAAGGAUGAGAGGACCCUUCCCUGUGAAGAAGUAUGCCGAUUUACUAGGUAGUUGUCAGCGUAUACUCGAAGUAAUGCACAUUUUAGGCAUGGUCAGUCAACCUCAAAACACUUAUGCUAGACAAUUCAUUGAUCAGUUUAAAGUCGAAAGGAGGGAAUUGGUUGGUAAUGUUUUGCUAUUUUUUAGCGUAAUUGCUAGUUCAUUCCAUUCGAAAUCACCACUUCCACCAUAUUUACCGCCAGCUAAUAAAGCUAGACAGAACCUUAUGGAUAAAAUACAGUCGGUUAGUUGUACUGACACUAGACCUUCAACUUCCACAAAAGAUACAAAUUAUUUGGAAAUGCAAUCAAGUACUUCUCAUCUAUUAGUUUUCGCGUAUGCAUUAUGUAUGCGUUCAUUGAUCAAUGAAUUGGAAACAUUAGGUGUACAAUUGCAAGCUACUUUUGGUGUUAUUGGAAACACUGACUCGGGUGUUGUAGAGUUUGAGAGGAUGUUUGCUGAUUAA